UAUGUCUUUAUGAUUAUGUGAGUAGAUGAUAGGUUUUGAAUGACGUCGCUUUGAGGUUUUAUAGAGUUUUGUUGAUAGAGAUGCUGUAAUGUCUGGGCGUGAGUGAUAGAGAGAGGGAGGAAUAUGAAGAUCCUGUUGUACUGAAAGAACGUAGAACGUGCAUCAGCUUUGUAUCACGACCCGCUGGAGGGCAGGCUUGCUGAAUCUACACAUUUACAUUAUAUAGAUCGGAUUCUAUAUCGUCCCCGAUUGCCGCCGCUCUGGUGAUCUAACAAUUCCCAAUCAGGAAGGAUUUUGGUGAAAAUGAACUUUUUGUUAAGAAAUAACCAGAAUUCAGCUCAGCAGCUGCCGCCUGUUAAGGAGACUCAUGCUGCAACCAAUUAUGUGUCAAAACCGGCUACAACUUUAGGAGGACUAAUUUAUGAGGAACCAUUUACAGGAACCACGCCUCCAGUAACUCAUGAUGUAGAAGGUGAUGAAUUUGGGGAUAUGAACAACAAGAUAGCAGUUCCAGAUGAAAAUAAUGGCUCUCAAGUUGAUAGCCAUAUAGACGUUACAGAAGAUGCUGGAUUGAUAAUUAUUCCAUCUAAAGAAAUUCCUGACAAUUGGUUUGGGGCACCAGACAUAUUUUCAUUUCGGUCUCUUGAUCGCAACUUUGUUUUUCCUGGCGAACAAAUUGGAAUUCUUGCAUGCCUGUCUGCCUAUAAACAGGACACAGAAAUAAUUACACCAUUUAAAGUUGCUGCUGUCAUGAACAAAAAUGGUAUUGGAGAAAGCUCCAAGAAACAAAAUGGAAACAUCGAAGGAGAAACAAGCCCAGGUACUCAGUCAUUGAGGGCAGGUUCUGAAGACCAAGAUAAUCAACAUGGUGAACAUGUGAUGGAAGGAAAUACUGAUUCGCAUAAGGAUGCCUCUGCUGGAGAAUCUCUUCUGAGGAUGGAAGAUCACAGGAGACAGACUGAACAAUUGCUACACAGAUUUGAAAAUUCACAUUUUUUUGUGCGAGUUGCAGAGUCAGAUGAACCACUUUGGUCCAAGAGAAGAGCUCAAGAAAGCUUUCUGAAAUCUUCAACUGCAUUCGAGGAACAACUGAAUGAAGAAUCCUCAGAAACCCCAACAACAACUAGAAUGAAGAAUUCACUAAGUGUUUCAAUUGACAGAGGGCACUUUGAUGCUCGCACAUCUGGUGGACUGGCAAGAGGCGCUGUCAAGUGCAGGGCCCUUUCAAAUGGAGACAUAGUGGUGCUUUUACAUGUGAAUGUUGGUGUUCAUUUUGUUAAGGAUCCGGUCCUGGAGAUUCUUCAAUUCGAGAAGUAUGAGAAAACAAAGCCAGCCCUUGUGAAGCAGGAUAUUCCUACUGCUCUGAAUCAAGAUCCUUAUGGCGAGUUGCUCAAAUGGUUGCUACCUUUAGAAAAUUCUGUUCUUCCUCCACCUCGCCCUUUGUCCCCUCCCACAUUAAGUACUAGUUCAAGUAUUCGGAGCACAUCCUCGAAACCCAUAGUGUCCGGGUCUUCAGGCUCUCAGCUUUUUUCUUUUGGUCAUUUUAGAAGUUAUUCCAUGUCCUCUCUUCCACCUAAUUUGUCACCACCCCCAGCUAUGCCUCCCAGCACCACCAAACCUGCCUUUGACCCGGAAGAUUGGAAUCAGUUUUCUUUCAAACAGUUUGUGGAAAGUGGGAAAAGUGGAAAAGAAGGAUUGUUGUCUUUUCGUGGUGUGCCAUUGCGGCAGGAGAGAUUUUCUGUACGGUGUGGUUUGGAAGGAAUUUUUACUCCAGGAAGAAGAUGGAAGAGAAAGGUUGAAUUAAUUCAGCCUGUAGAAAUUCGUUCCUUUUCUGUUGAUUGCAACUCGGAUGAUCUUCUUUGCGUCCAUGUAAAGAAUGUUUCUCCUUCACAUGUACCGGAUAUGGUGGUGUAUAUAGAUGCCAUAACAAUAAUUUUUGAAGAGGCAGCACAAGGUGGACCACCGUUAUUUCUGCCAAUUGCUUGCAUUGAAUCUGGAAAUGGAUACUGCUUACCAAAUUUAGCACUCAGGAGAGGUGAAGAACACUCCUUCAUUCUCAAGCCAGCUACUACAUUGUGGAGGCACUCCAAGGGUCAAAAUGAUAGUGACCCACGGCCAUCGGGCUUGCCAGCUGGAAAUGCCUCAUCAAACUGGCAAAACUUGUCCAAUAUUGAAAGCAAACAUGGCGGAUCACUUACUGAUCAGUAUGCAGUUCUUGUUUCAUGUCGAUGCAAUUAUACCGUAUCAAAGUUGUUCUUUAAGCAACGGACCAGCUGGAGGCCCCGAAUUUCCCGGGAUCUUAUGAUAUCCGUGGCAUCUGAAAUGUCGACACAAACUCUUGGAUCUGAUGGAACCAAGCUUCCAGUUCAGGUCUUAACUCUUCAAGCAUCUAAUAUGACACCGGACAAUCUGACAUUAACAGUUCUUGCCCCAGCUUCAUUCACUUCUCCCUCUGUAGUGCCUUUGAGUGGUUCGCCUACCACAACUUUGGGAACGUUUUCUCCUUCUGCUGGGUUAAUUGAGAGAGUGAACACUGAUAUGCAAGGACAAAAUGUAGAAGAUGGGCCGGUAUCUGAAGCUCCAAACAGUGAUCUGGGUUGCACCCAUUUAUGGUUGCAGAGUAGAGUUCCACUGGGAUGUGUUCCUUCUAAAUCUAUGGCAACUGUCAAGCUUGAAGUACUUCCACUGACUGAUGGUAUAAUCACCCUUGAUUCUCUACAGAUAGAGGUUAAGGAGAAAGGACUGACUUAUAUACCCGAGCAAUCUUUGAAGAUAAAUGCAACUUCAAGCAUUGCCACUGGUGUACUCUGAGGUUGUGUUGCUUUUCCAGUAUAAUUUUGAUGCCCAUUCUAACAGCUCCUUGGUGGUUGUCUUCUCCUCUUCGUAAACUGGAAUUUAUUUGCAAAUUUCACUCACUGUAGAGAAUGCACGUUUCAAUUAUUUCAAGUAGAAAUGAACCUUACGUGUGAAAUGUGUUUGUGCUUUCAUUUGAGGAAUUAUCACAUAGACGUAUUGAUUGGAUUUGGAAUUCGUGAAAUAGUCUUGAGGUAAGAAUAUAUUGUUAGUAGAUUCAAGGGAAGAGGGUGUGGUACCAUAGAGGUGAAGCAUACCAUAAGAGGGUAUUAUCUUUAUUUUCUAUAUAGUUUAUGUAUAUACAUUGUGUGUAUUUAUCAGUAUUAAGUAUUAAAGAUAUUUAAGUAUUUUAAACAUUCCGUAGAACUUCACCAUGUCUCUCUUUU